UUUAUUUGAUGUAAGAUUGUCAGUGAUAUUCGUAAGAUUAAAAAUAAAUACGAAAUAAUGACGUUUGGAGGUUGAUUUUUAAAAAAAAUACUUCGAAAUUAUCCGAAUAAUGGCAGAAUCUGUGAAUCCUAUUCAGGGUUUUCAUCAACUGAGUGUUACAAUCGAAUGUGCACAUUUACGUGAACGCAACAGUUUUUUAAAACCAAAUCCAUAUGUGGAAUUAUCAAUCGAUGAUCGAAGUCCUCGUAAAACUGAGUUUGUAAAAAAUACAUAUCAACCAAAGUGGAAUGAAGUGUUUACAGUACUAGUGACCCCACAUUCAACAUUACAUUUUCGUGUACUAGACCAUAGUUCAUUUCGAAAAGAUGCACUUUUAGGAGAGAAAAAAUUAGGUUUAUUUCAAUUAUUAACGCACUAUAAUGGCAAAUGUGAGAAUUUAGAAUUAAAUUUAGAUUUAUUAAGUGUUGACUGUCCGCAUCAACCUAAAGUUGGUGAGUUAACAGCAGUUUUAAAUGGAUUACAAAUAGAUUUAUCAACUAUACACCCACCAAAUUCAACAAACCAUGUCAAUAAUAGUACAGAGCCACAUACACCCCAAAGUAGGAGUGUCUUAAAUGGGGGAAUACGAGCACGAAUGCGAUACCAUACAGAAGGAUCACAGACCCAAUUAUUAACACCACAGCCUACAAUGCAACAUCGUUCUUUACAAAAUUCACAAAGCAUAUCUACAUUAACAAAUGGUACAAGUCCUCCACCAGGACCUCCUCCUAGUCAUGUUAUGAAUGGUUCAGCUAGCACAUCGGAUCCAUCGAGAUCUCAAACAGAAUUAGCUCAAGCUACACCACCUGAAGAACCUUUACCGAUGGGCUGGGAAAUGAGAGUUGAUGGAUAUGGAAGACGCUAUUAUGUGGAUCAUAACACAAGGUCAACUUCAUGGGAACGUCCUCAAGCUUUGCCACCGGGAUGGGAAGUACGACGAGAUCCAAGAGGUCGUAUUUAUUAUGUAGAUCAUAAUACACGAACAACUACAUGGCAACGACCCAACACCGAACGCUUACAACAUUUUCAACAGUGGCAAGGUGAACGUGCGCAUGUUAUUCAACAAGGAAAUCAACGAUUUUUAUAUCCACAACAACCAGCUCCUCCUGCAAUACUUCCAGUUCCAGGUGCCGCAGCAAUUCCUAGCAGCUCAACAAUGUCAUCGGUUGCUGUGCCGGAAGAAGACGAUGGUCUAGGACCUUUACCUGCUGGUUGGGAAAUGCGUAUGCAACCUGAAGGACGACCGUAUUUUGUUAAUCAUAAAAAUCGGACCACACAAUGGGAAGAUCCACGAACACAAGGACAAGAAUUGGGUCAAGAAGAGUUACCAUUACCUCCCGGUUGGGAAAUACGUUUAACUGAAGAAGGAAUUACAUAUUUUGUUGAUCAUAAUACAAAAACAACGACAUUUGACGAUCCUAGACCAGGUGCACCCAAAGGCCAAAAAGGAGUUUAUGGUGUACCGAAAGCGUAUGAGCGUUCAUUCCGUUGGAAAUUAAGUCAAUUUAGAUAUUUAUGCCAAAGUAAUGCAUUACCAAGUCACAUUAAAAUUACAAUUACACGACAAACAUUAUUUGAAGAUUCAUAUCAUCAAGUAAUGCGAUUGCCACCGUAUGAGCUACGAAGACGACUCUACAUUAUAUUCCGUGGGGAGGAAGGUUUAGAUUAUGGUGGUGUAUCCCGUGAAUGGUUCUUCUUAUUAUCACAUGAAGUUUUAAAUCCAAUGUAUUGUUUAUUCGAGUAUGCAAAUAAAAACAAUUAUAGUUUACAAAUCAAUCCAGCAUCGUACGUAAAUCCAGAUCAUUUAAUUUACUUCAAAUUCAUUGGACGUUUCAUAGCAAUGGCGUUAUAUCAUGGACGAUUUAUUUACUCUGGUUUUACAAUGCCAUUUUAUAAAAGAAUGUUAAAUAAAAAAUUAAUUAUGAAAGAUAUUGAAUCCAUCGAUCCAGAAUUUUAUAAUUCAUUAGUAUGGAUUAAAGACAAUAAUAUUGACGAUUGUGGAUUAGAAUUAUAUUAUAGUGUAGAUUUUGAAGUGUUGGGACAAGUUAUUCAUCAUGAGUUAAAAGAAGGUGGUGAUAAAGUUCGUGUUACUGAGACCAAUAAAGAGGAAUAUUUACAUAUGAUGACUGAUUGGCGUAUGACACGGGGCAUUGAAGAACAAACCAAAGCAUUUUUAGAAGGUUUUAAUGAAGUUGUACCAUUAGAAUGGCUCAAAUAUUUUGAUGAACGUGAAUUAGAAUUGAUGUUGUGUGGUAUGCAAGAAAUUGAUGUUGACGAUUGGCAAAGAAAUUCUAUUUAUAGACAUUAUACAAGAAGUAGUAAACAAGUUGUUUGGUUCUGGCAGUUUGUGCGGCAAACCGAUAAUGAAAAACGUGCCCGUUUGCUACAAUUUGUUACGGGAACAUGCCGAGUGCCUGUUGGUGGUUUUGCUGAAUUAAUGGGUAGUAAUGGACCACAACGAUUUUGUAUUGAAAAGGUUGGUAAGGACACUUGGUUACCAAGAUCACAUACAUGUUUCAAUCGUUUAGAUUUACCACCGUAUAAAAGCUACGACCAAAUGGUUGAAAAAUUAAAUUAUGCAAUUGAAGAGACUGAAGGCUUUGGUCAAGAAUAAAAAUAAUUAACUGUAACGUUAAUUGAUCUUACAAGAUAUCAAAUCAAUUGACUAUUGAAUUGACAAAAGAUGAAAUGAAGUAAAAAAUAUAAAUGACCACACAAAUACAACGAUUGAACAUCAUCGCAUUUAAUAAAU